AAUCGCAGAAGUGGCGGAAGUACGUCAGUUCGCCAGACUCCGAGCGUUUACAGUUCACGGUGCGAUCUGUGAUGAGCAAGAAAAGAGGCGAGAGGAGAUCUGAAUCAACCCACUGUCUCUUUAAAGCCACUUAGCAAAGCUUUGCCCGUUCUGAAAAAAAAAACAGACGCCGACGUCUUUCCCAUACGCCGCAGCGCGCGCGCACGCACGAGCAGCGUUCAGGAAUGGAUACGUUCAACUCACUCUGUGCUGGAUAAGAAACUCUUUUCAAUUCGGUGGAUCUUGCGUUGUGGAAUCGCUUCGGAAAUAGCAGCUCCAGGUUGACGAGAACUGUGUUGUCCGCGUUGUGUCGGAAUGGUUUAAUGGUGUCUCUUCGUAGUGGCUUUACGCGGAUCUGCUGAUGAAACUUGGCAACUGCGUGCAUUACCGAAUUGUUUGUCAAACACGCGGAUAUUUUCAGGAUCCUUAUUUUGGUUUGUGUCACGUUGGCUCGCGCAUCGGGUGGACAAAGCAGGGCCAGCGACAUGAAUCCAGCGCGCCGUCUGCGGCAUGCAGACAUUGAUGUUGUUUUAUACGCUUGCAACAAAGUUGCAGUGUGAGUGCAAUUCACACCACUGUCAUUAAACAGCCAUUUUGCACCUGUUUAAACGAAGCGGAUCGCGAAACGCUGCGUUUCGACACGGGCUUGGAUUAUAGUCGCCUCGACCUGCAUGGAUCAGUUAAACAUUUGUUUAUCAUAUUACGGAGCUUCGCAUCCAAGGUCACGCUGUAAAUUGUUUACGUAUUGCUCAUAGGCGCCAAUAUCUAUGGGUGUGUUUUAUUGAUUGUUGGAAAUCGAUUCGGUUUACGUAAUCGAGUGUGCUUUUUCCUUCGAGGAGCGUUUUAAAAUGGAAGGGAAAGUAAAGCAGAGUCGCAGAUCCCGGUCGCAGCGGGAGAGGGGACGGAAACGGGAGGCGGACGCCGGGGAAGCCCGCAAUCGGAGCCCCUCGUCUGGUUCCGAACAAGAGAGAAGUCCCGGUAAAAACGCAGCUCCGCGUUCGGCAUCCUCGAGCAGAGCCCAGCGACCCCCCAGACGGAAGAGACGCGAAUCUAGUUCCCAAGAGGAGGAUAUUAUUGAUGGAUUUGCUAUUGCCAGUUUCGUCAGUUUGGACCGUCUCGAGAACAAACAUGUUUCACUAAAACUGGAGAAGAAACGAUGGGAUGACAUUGUGCUUAAACGGCAGAAAGAAAUGGAGGACAGCGUGACCCCUGACAUAGACGAGAACUGCUUCGGCGAUCUGGCCACCAGCGUCUGUCGAGACCAGGAGCGAGUGAAAGAUCGUCUGCUGAAGAACACGUACUCCAAGAAGAACAAACGGUGUGUGAGUCUUCUGAGCCAUGCUGUAAGGAAAAUGGAGGCGCCAGAGGUGAACGCGGCACAUAGGAGCAACUCCAAAGAUCGGCUCAGCGAGAGCUCCACUCACUCUUUGUCAGGACGAGGGUACUCGUGUGACAGCGAGAGUGACAUUGAUGACAAGGCAUCUGAUGUAGGAUCAGAGAAGCUGUUCUCACCUACUCCACCAAAAGUUACGACAACGAAUGAGAAUCUCGUACCCAAAACUUGCAGCUCGACCAAAGUGUCCGGUCUUCAAAGAAGCCAGGAACAGAGUAACAACAUUUCGUUUGUCCCACCGAUCUCAAGUCCAACUCCAGCGUCGCCCCCUACGGGGUCUCCUGCCCCUGCUGCGGCGGCAGCCCCUCCACCUAGACCACACCCUAUCUCCCCGAGCCCUCUGAGCAUCAAGAAGGAAUCUUUACCUCCUAUCCCUACCCCUCCUCUCCUGAGGAACCAGUCACAUCCACAGGAGCACAGAGUCCCACCUCCUUUGCACCAUAGUCGGCCAAUCAUCAGUCAUCAUCAUCAUCCUUCGCCGUACAGCAGUCUUCACGACAUCAGCAACAUCCCUUCUACUUUUCCUCCCAAACACCACCUGCCUCCUUCUCCUCAUCAUCUCAACAGUCUCGCGUCUCCAGCUCCUCCUCUGCCUCUCUCCAUAGCCGGUCUGUCCUCCUCGCACUACUCCCUUCACUCACCCUCCCACCUCUCCAGCCAUCCGGCCAUGUUUGCUAACCCCGCAACACUUCCUCCACCCACCCAUCCGACCAACAGCCUGGUGGUGCCAGGACACCCUGCCGGACCGCCCUAUCCAGAUUUCUCAAGAGCGAGGCGAGAUGGGGCGCGCAUCAGAGAGCAUGAUCUUCUGCGGCAGGAGCUGAACAACCGAUUCCUGGUUCAGAGCUCGGAGCGAGGUCGGGGGUCAGCGCCAAGGGCAACAGGGUCGCCAUUGGCCCCUGUGUCGCUCCUCCGGGCCGAGUUUCACCAACAUCAGCAUAUGCACCAGCACCAACACACGCAUCAGCACACCUUCACGCCUUUCCCUGCCAGUCUGCCCCCAGCAGCCAUCAUUGGGCCGCCCACUGCACCUCCCUUGGUGCGUACCCCAACCAGAAAUUUCGACAAAUACGCUCCCAAGCUGGACAAUCCCUUCUUGAGACAUUCAAGCUUCUAUCCCUCCUACCCGCCAGCGAUGCCAGGCAUGCCUCCGUUGCUUCCACAUUCAGGACCCUUCAGUUCGCUGCAAGGCGCCUUCCAGCCAAAGGCUUCAAACUCUAUAGAUGUUGCAGCACGACCAGGAGCUGUCCCCCACACACUUCUACAAAAGGACCCAAGGAUAACAGAUCCUUUUAGGUCUUCAGUAAGAAAGCCUGGUAAAUGGUGUGCCGUGCAUGUUCAAAUCGCCUGGCAGAUCUACCAUCAUCAGCAAAAGAUGAAACAGAUGCACUUGGACCCCCACAAAUUGGACAUGCAUGGAAAACUAGAUCUGUUUAGCCGUCCACCGGCACCCGGUGUAUUCCCUGGGUUCCCCUACCCUCAUGAUCUGGCCAGACCCCUCUUCUCAUCAACAGGAUCAGGACAUCCAGCGGCAUCACCAUAUGGACCAUCACCUCACCACACUGGCUUCCUGCCUCCCAGCCACUUGGCAGGUAAGUAUCCUUUCAGUCGCUCCAGUACCUUUGGCGGCCUCAGCAACCUUUCAACCAGUGCCUUCGGUGGAUUAGGCAACCCAACCCUCGGGGCUAACAGUAUGUUUGGACCGAAAGAGGUUCCAGGGCUGCCUGGACUCAGUAGUCCCCAUCACGAUACCUGGAAUCGGUUACACAGGACACCACCUUCAUUCCCCACCCCUCCACAGUGGCCCAAAUCGGCCGAUGCUGAAAGAAGCAGCUCUGCCAACAGUCACGACAGAGAUAGAGACCGGGAACGGGAGAGAGAGAAAGAACGAGAGAGAGAAAAAAGGGACUCUUUCUCUGUUGGGAAAGAUGAGAAAGAUAAGGACAGAGAUUCUUUGGAUCGUAAUCGUCAUUCAAACCGCUCCUCUCCAGCUUCUGCUCCGGUUAGCUAUCAGAUCAGCAGCCUGAUUCGCUCAAACUCCACAGACUCGGGCAGACACCGCAGCGGUAGUGUCGACCGGAACCGGGAGCCCGAGAAAGAGCUGUUGGACCGUCAACGCGAGGCAGCCAUGUUGGGAGAUGUGAAGGUAAAAGAAAGUCGUUCUCCAAGCAAGGAGAUCACAGACAGACGAUCUUCAGAUGACGCGUGCAAACCCAUUCUGCGUUCACCGUCUCCAUACUCUAAAAGCAGCAUUGAUGCAGGAAUCAAGAUGGCUGGUCCUUCACCGUUACCAAUUAAAGAUGUCGAAAAGGAUAGAAAAGAAACCAGCUCAGUUGAUCCGCUAAACAAGAUCAAGAACGAUAUGAAGAUCAAAGAGGAGCGUAAGGAGGACCCAGAAGUAAUGGUGGUUGGAUCUGAAGCAGCCCCCAAACCUCAACCCACUGCACCAACUUAUCAAACCACACCCAUAGCUCAUCACCACUCUUCACAGCCUCAUCAGCCUCCUCCACCCUCUCCUCGCUGUAGCGACCCUCCGACUCCUGCUUCACUUCAUGGAGUUCCCAUGCAACACUCGCUGCCUCUUUCUAUGAGUGCCAUGCACCAGAUGGGAAGUCUAAAUGUUCUGGAACGGACCCGUAUGGCACCCUUUAUGGGAGUCAGCCCUCUUGCAGCUGGACGUGAUCGUCUCCCCCACCCAGCGUUCACCUGGGAUCCUCUACGGGAGGCGUAUCGGAACCUCGACUUGCAGCGCCGCAUGGAUUUCCAGCUUCGCGCAGAGCCUGGACAUCGCUUUCCUGGCGUCUAUGAUCCAGAACGGCCCUAUCGGGAUCGAGAAGCGCAUGACUACAUGCACCACGAGCACCUGCUGGAAAUUCGGCGGGAACAGGAGAGAUUAAGGCAACAGGCGGAGGAUAGGGAACGGUUGCAUUUGCGUGAGGAACUGGAUCGGGCAAGGUUGCACCAAUUGCACCAAUCGCCCAUUGAAGGACAUUUACCCCAUAUGCCACCGUUUAUGUCGCACCUCGGUGGAAUGCCAUACCCAAGGCUUAGCCCUUCAACAGGACAUAAUGGACUUCUUAACCGGACACCUCCAACUGCAGCACUAAGUGCCCCUCCACCUUUGGUACCUUCUGUCGCUGCAAGACCGAUGUCGCCAAGACGGACUACGCCGAUCACCACCCAGGACCCCAGGGAGUACUCGCCAUCACGCAACCCCAAAGAAGUGGAGGCCCGGUAACGCUCUAAGGAAAACGCCUCCUUUAAGUUUGACCCAGGCAACAUGCACUUAUUUUCACACAAAAAUAAGACAAAAUAACACAAAAUAACAAAUGUGUAAUUUGUACAAAGAUUUGUACCUUGGAACAAGCACAUCACCAUGGUUUUCUGGCGGGAUAAGUUGGUAGCUCUGAACAAAUUACACAAACGUUAACUACCAACCAGAAAUUUGAUAUUAAUAUAUUAAUCCAAUGCCUUUUCAGUUUUUCAUGUGAAGAGAUUCUGAAAUUAGUUUGUACAUUUCCUACCCUUUUUCAUGUACAGACAUUUUUUAUGUAUUUGCAUAAGUUUCUUUCGUUCCCUGCCCUGUAUAUUUAUCCUGGUGAGCUGCUGGACAUGGAUGUCUACAUAUCAGAAUUGGUAUGAUCUCACAUUUUGACAGUCGAUUUGCUCUAUGGUACUUGGAGAUACUCAGUGCUGACCGUGUACAAAGUUACAUUUUGGAAGUUCAUGUUUGCUUGAUUUUCUUUUUUGAGAUAUGCAGACAAAUAUGUAUUAAAAUAUUCUUGUUUGAUUGAUGUAAAGUUUAAAGAUAUUGUAAAUAUCUUGUUGAUAUUACUUGGAACAAAAUGACAUUGUACAUUUGUUAGGCUUUUUAAAUGUUUCUAAAAAAACACAAUGAAAUAAAACAGAACCACUUCCAGGUUGAAACCAUGGCGACGCAGCUGUCCAAUCAGAGGGGGUCAGGUCAUGGUGAUGCAAUCUAUGCAAAGAGGAUAAAGAGAGAGUUCUGAUUGGACGGUUAUCGGGAUGGAAAGUCAAUGAGUUCUACAGAGAGAAUUCCGGAUCAUUGAUUUUUCCAUGAAGAGCCAAUGAAACGAUAAACUUCCAGGUCAUAAGGGACUGCUUUAGCAGAGUAACUGUUCUCCAGCCACAGAAACUGGACAUCUGACAAACAUUGAAAUGUUUGAGGUGGCAAUAGACUCUUUCUGUCGACCUUGUGGUGUUGUGCAGUUGUUUUUCUUAGACUCUUGUAUACAAAACAAGUAGAGCUUUAGGCGUGAAAAAAAUGAAAAUGAACAUUUCAUGGUUUAAAAAUGUAUGGAAUAAAGGUUGGACCUUAUAUCUGCACAA